AUGGAUUCUUUGUACGAACGCGCGAUAUCUGAAGUAGGUCAAGAAGGGAAAUUUCAAAUAACUUUUGAUAUUUUUUAUAAUGUGUUGCUUUCUGGAUUGUGGUCAAUGGCAUAUAAUAAUAUAAUUUUAGCGCUAACGAUUACCCCACAUAUAUGCAAACUACCUCAAAAACCUACGAAUGUGACUGAAUAUUACUGGAAGUCGAAAUACAUUCCUACCAGUGUGGAAGAUGCUGUCGGAGCAACGAAAUUUAGUGACUGUUUGAUUUACACUAACCAAGAGUUGAAUAAAACUAAAGAAUGUGAUAUUUUCGAAUACGACCAGACCUGGUUUGAAACAACUAUCCCAUCUGAAAAUAAUUGGGUUUGUGGCAAUGACAUAAAUGUAGCAAAUGUUUUUGCUUAUAGCAAAAUUGGGGAAAUUAUAGGAUCUUUUAUCUUUGGAUGGUAUGGAGACGUAUACGGGCGUCGACUCACAUACAUUAUUUCGUUGGCUAUGCUAGUAGUCGGCCGUUUUGUGUCAAUAUUGGCCAGUUCUUCAUUUGUUCUAUUCACUAUUGGAUGUAUCAUAGCUUCUCUGCCAUCGUGGUCGGCUACGCAGAGUACGGCCAUCGUAUCUUUGGAAAUAUCUUCUCCUAAACGACGAGCAAGCGUCGCUAAAUUGAGACUAAUAUCUAUGAGUCUCGGAAUGUGUCUAAUGCCUUUAUUUUACUUGUGGCUAAGGAAUUGGAAACCUUUUAUGAUUGUCACCACCGCAACACAGAUACCUUAUUUAUUACUUUCUUGGCAAUUAAUUGAGUCACCACAGUGGCUUUGGGUAAAUAGAAAAACGAAAGGUUGCGUUAAAAGUCUUAAGCGUAUAGCCAAAGUAAAUAAAACUAAACUUAGUUCUGCUACAGAGGAAGAAAUCCUUACGAGCGGAGUAGCUGAGGCUAAUGAAACGGAGGUCUUAGGUCCGUUAGCAUUAUUUUCUGGUUGGCGCUUAGCUACUAACACUAUAUUGCAAUUGUUUUUGUGGGUCUGCGUUUCAAUCAACUACACUGUGGUGUUAUUGAGUUCAGCAGAAAAGUCUAAUGGGAACCCAUUUUUGGACUUUGCUUGGCAGUCUUUAGCUGAGAUACCUGGGUUCUUUAUAGCAUCAUGGCUUGCAAAUAAUAUUGGUCGACGAUAUACAGGGAUUAUUUCGACAGCCAUAACCGCAUCUAUUUGGAUUUUUUACGGUUUCCGUGAAAUAUAUGUUGCAGAUUGGUUAAACAGUCAAUGGUUGGGAAGUUCAUUAGUUUUUAUAAACAGAUUGACGAUAACAGUGUCAUACUAUAUAAUAAAUUUGUUCAAUAUGGAACUUUAUCCAACGUGUCUAAGACAAACAGGAAUGUCAUUAGGAAAUGUUGUGAGUGGUGGAGCGGGUGCGAUAGCGCCUUAUAUCUUGUAUCUGGGUCGUCGGUAUAGUUCUCAUUACCAAAAUGCCAUUCUUAUAUUUGCGACAAUAUUUGGUGGAAUUUUAACGUCUUUCUUUUUACCUGAAACUUUGAAUGCUAAACUGCCGGAAACGUUUGAAGAUGCACAAAGAUUUGGUCGCCGUCGAAGAAAUAGAACAUUUUACAUGUCAGUAAACCUAAAAAACGAAACAAUAGAUUCAAACUUGCCAAAUAUCUGA